AUGGACUUCGCAUCGCUCAUGGCCAAGGAGAUCUCCAAGGCCAAAGAGUCCUUCCCAUCGACAUCGACACAGGGCGACGGUUCGGAGAAGAAAUAUGUCCGUCGCGCCGAGCUGGAAGCUGCCCGGGUGGCGGCCUACCAGGAAGAGCAGGAGAGGCUGCAGCGAGAACGCGAGGAGCGCGCCGCCCAGAAACGCAAGCUGGAGGAGGAAGAGGCGGAGCGCAAACGGGAACGCGAGGAGAAGAAACGCCGUCUAGCAGAAGAGUCGAGGAAACGGCGCGAGGCUGAGGAGGAGGCCCGCGAGCGAGAACGCAGGAAGAAGCUCGGUCUGCCGGAGCUGCCUCCGCGCAGCGACAGCACCACCAGCCGGGAGGAGACGCCGGCGGCGGAGAACGAGGAGGACAUGGAUGAAGAGGAGGUCAUCCGGAAGCUGCGCGAGAUGGGCGAGCCAGCGCGGUUGUUUGGCGAGAGCCACAAGGGCCGGGUGCGGCGGUAUCGCCGGCUGCUCAAGCGGUCCCAGACACCGCAGCUGUCGAAGGGACCGAUCCCGACGACGUUGGAGCUGGUCCCGGAGAAGGACAUGAAGGUGCCACCCAAGCCGCCCAAGGACCGCGAGGAACGCCGAUACCUGUUCUGCCAACUGGCGUCGUACUUCAACAUGGUGCUGGAGGAGUGGGAGCAGGCGAUGGCGAAGCGCGACAUGAGCGUCCAGCAAAGCUUCCAGGGGCGGCAGGCGUACAACGCCAUGGUGCAGUCGCGCGAGAACAUGAAGCCGCUGUUUGCCAAGUUUGAGCGAGGGGACCUGGAGGAGAAUGUGCUGGAGGCGAUAGUCGAGAUCGUCCACUGCGCGCAGGAGCGGCGCUACGUCGAUGCCAACGACGGCUAUCUCCGGCUGAGUAUCGGCAAGGCCGCAUGGCCCAUCGGUGUCACCAUGGUCGGUAUCCACGAACGGUCUGCCCGCGAGAAACUGCACGAGAACGACGUGAACAAGGCGCAUAUCAUGUCCGACGAGAUCACCCGCAAGUACCUGCAGAGCAUCAAGCGGUGUCUUAGCUUUGCGCAGUACAUACAAAUCAAAUAUCCUACCAUCCCUUCCCUUCCCUUCCUUUCCUUUCCUAUAACAAGCACACAUGCUACAUACAAGACGGAAGAAAACAAGUAUCUAGUUUAG